AUGAUGGAUACUCGACACAUUCCGCAAAACCCUGUACCCCACUGCGCGGUCAUUUUCCACCUCUGCACAAGUCUAUCUAUGCAUCUCCUUCAGCGUCGUCCUGGGGUGGAGUGGCAUUUCAUCAAAGAACACCGUUCCGAGAGCGAGAUUGGCUGCGAGGAGCUUACAAGCCUCGCACAGUCGCGCAUCAUUCCACAGUCUGCUUGCACCAUUGAAAUUGAUUCUUCAGUUUGGUCACAUCGGCCUACCCAUUCACUUGCUAACUCAAUAGCCCCAACUCCUCCAUGCGAAUCUCCGUCGCCUUCAUCUGAGAUGAUGUCCCGAAACAAUUCAAGUGACCCAUCUACAAACCCAUCGACCGCUGCGACGACACCCGACACAUUGAAAUCCGGCCUGUCUCCGAAUGCAGUCGAGGGAAUCCCUACUUGUCCAUCAACAUAA